UUAAGUUAUGCCGGCAUUUUGCAAAGCAAGCAGCCACCAUCCAACCAACCAGCCAGCCAGCCAGCCAGCCAGUCAUUCAUGGAAUACUAACGAAGGAUGGAUGGAUGGAACAAAGCAAUACUGUCGGCAUCAACAGCUGAGAGGAGGAAAAGGAAGUAACAAUACAACAAACGACAUGGGGUACAUUGACGGAGCCGCCAACGUCAACGUCCCCAAUAGUAUCUAGAUACAUUACGUACGUAAACGUUGCCGAGGACGCCAAGUAGUAGUAAUGAGGAAAUAACGCCAUAUAACGUUCCAGCGAGUGAAUGAGUUUCGGUGUUUUCAAAGUUUGGCCACUGCUCAGUGGUGGCGUUGGCAGUACGUUGGCGUCUGAAGUGUGUCUGUUUCAGCUGUUCGGUGUUCUGCAAACGUUUGAGAAGUCUUUCAAAUGUUUGGCAAGUUCAGUUUAUCGUCGGCAUACAAAGCGUUUAGAUGGAGUUUUAUGUGCGCCACAAAGGAAUUUCGUUGUUGGCCCAAAAGAAACCAAAUCCAAGAGGAAGUGUUUGUUUAAAAUGAAGUUAAGAAUUUCGGUUGGGCGCCAUAAAAAUGAAGUAAAAAAUAAAGAGCGGCUUUUUCAAAAUGCCAAACGGGAAAAAAAUGUGAAAUAUCAAAAAAAUAAAUAAAAGAAAAUACUUUAAAAGGGAAAUUAAAUAAAAAUUCCAUAAAAAAGUGAUUGAAAAAUUCCAAAACUUCUGCUUGAAGAAUAAAUUUUGAAUACAAAAAAUAUUGAAAAAAAUAAUAAAAUAAAUUUAAUAAUUAAAAAAAUGUCGUCUACCAAGUGUAAUUUUUGUUGUUGAUAAUUAUCCUUAAUGUGAAAUUUUGUAAUAACCCAAAUAAUAGCAAUAAUGGAUUUUUGUGAAGGAUAUAAGGAAGAAUCGAAAACCAACAAGACCAUAAAAGUUCCAGGAGAACCAUAAAGUGGUAGUCAGUGGUAAGCUGGCUUAAAUUGAAAACUAUUACAAACUUGGUCAACUCAUAAGGAAGAAAUCGGUAACAGCCAGCCAACCAGCCAAGCAUUGAAGUGCGAUUCCGGAAACCAUGCGAAUUCCAGUGAAGGAUAAUUGUUGUCAUCGUUGUUGUCGUCGUUGUUCCACUUAUAUGGUUGGCAUUCAAACCAGAACUAAUGUUGAUACCAAAGAAACAACGAACGCCAUUUAAACGGAAAAGUUUAUUUGGAAAUUGAGAAGUGUUAUUCUCGCUCUAUCUCUCACUCUCUAUCCCCAUUUGUCGUGUCAGGCAGUCCGUCUAACUGACACGGCGUGACCAAAAUAAGAAGAGCGCAAAAAGAAGAAGAAGAAGAAAUCCCACUGAUCCUCUGUCCAUGUCUCUGCCAUAAUAACCUGCCAUUAAGAAGCCAAACUAACACCAAUGGCCAUGUUUCGAACUUCGUAUCAAAGUUUACUGUUUACAUUGCUGCGUCUGUUGUUGCUGUUUGGCGAUUUCAAUAAUUGGGCAAAGGUGAAGUUUAAAGUUAAUGGCAAUCCGGCAUUGAAUCAACGACCAUUUUUACAAAUUGAAAGUCCCUCCAUAACAAGACUGGUUAUAACCAGACCCCACCUUCCUCAUUAUCUGUCGUGUAAGGCCACAAUCGAUGAAUCCUACUAUCAGAAUGAAACCAAUUACUUUUAUACCUGGUUCUUCAACGAUAACAUCUUAAAAUCUCUACCAAGAAAACUUAACGAUUAUUAUGUCUAUCGAAAUGGAACACUACGCUUACCACCUGCCGAGAAAGUUAGUGGAGUGUAUCGAUGCAAAAUCAAUGCUAACGAAACAGCGGUUAUAUCCGAAAGUAUUACCGUUGAGUAUCCUGUGCUCAAACGUCGACCGGCAAAUAUCAAUUUAACGGCAUUUAUAGGAUUAACCUACACAUUAAAUUGCCCAGUUUACAGUGUCCCGCCAGCGAAUGUAACAUGGUUCUAUGGAAAUGUAUCGUUAUCGGAAAUAUCCAAUGACAACAGUUUCCUGCUCCUGUCGAAUGGCAGCUUGGUCUUGCGAAAAGCCAGGGAAAGAAAUGCUGGCAAAUACAAGUGUUUUGCACAGAUUGCUUUUGCUGAAAACCCAGAACUAAAAUGGACUUAUUCAAAGAUAAGUGAAGGUCGAACACUGAACAAUGCCCAACUAAUACCUCAUCUACAGAAUACAACAUUGUUUGUGCCAACCGGUGGAGAUUUAAACAUUAGCUGUUGCGCUUUGACCGAUGAUGCCAUAAUUGAGUGGUGGUUUCAACAAACCUUCAGUUCACCAUGGAUUCGCUUGGCCAACAACAGUAAGGAGUAUCACAUUCGAUCAAGCAUAGAUGAGUAUGAGGGUUAUUACACCUGCUCCACGGCCUACAGUAAUCAGACAUUUCAUGUUAUUGUCACCACGCCACCGAUGGUGGUGGAGGAGUUGGGUGUUAAGGAUGGUAUCAUAGCCUCACCGAUUACAUAUAAAUGUCUAGUCACUGGGAAUCCUCGUCCCAUUAUAACCUGGUAUCACAAUGGCGCCCAAUUCAGCAGCUCAUUUACGCGCUACAUUAAUGGCAAUGAGCUGUUGAUUCCCUCCUUUGAUCCCGAAGAGAAUGGCAUUUAUCAGUGUUUUGCUCGAAAUGUGGCCGGUGAAGUGUAUACGGCCGGAGAAAUACGUCUCAAGAAUAAGGGAGAGGAGAAACCAAAUCCAUUGAGGAAUAUACGCUGUUUUGCACACACGUUCAAUUCGGUUAAUGUUACCUUUGAAACCGAUGCGUCAGUGUCCCUCUUUAUAGUGCACAUUGUGCAGACGAAUCCAUUCCGCUGGAUCUCCCCAUAUUCGCCGAUGAAAUUAAAUGCCUCCUAUGUUGUGAUAAAUAAACAUUUGCCAUACAUCAAACCCUUUGAGCUGAUAACACGUGUCCUUAUGUCUACCUCGGAGAUUAGUAUGGGUAAUGAUCGUACCCAGCACACGAUACAGAGUACGUUGCGUAGUCAACCGGUCACAUGUUGUACCCAAGGAUUACCUCCCCGGAUAGUACAUUUUGGCAACAAUACCUUUGUUACCUGGUCUCUAACGGAUUUUAACAAUGAAAAAUAUUUCAUUAUACAAUUUUCAACGAAUUUUACUCAGCCUGCUCCGGAAAUCCUACUCAGUCCCGAUUUGAUCGGCACCACACAACAUGUGAACUUAACCUUGCAGGAUAUUAGUCAUAAGUUGACCCGAAUAUAUCCCUUAAAUAUGAUGGAAUCGAGAAGAGUUCUCAAGAACGCCAUCACCAGCUAUGGUGAUAAUGAUGUCAGUAUGCCCGAUGAUCUGGAAUCCGAUGAGGAUAUUUAUAGCUUGGUUGUGCAUGCCAAUGUCACCGGUUUAAUGUUGUCGAAUUUCACACGCCUGAAGUUACGUAUUUUGGUCAUAACAACGGAUAAUGAAAAUUUGGCACAGGAUUUUCGCUAUGUGGAAUGGAAAACGGUCGUCAACGAUACAGGUGAAACCAUUGCCACGCCCUACCACCUGACUAUCGUCGAGUCGCGAAUGUUGCAAUUUCACUUCCAAGAAAGUUUCAACGAGUCCUGCGUUCAAGUCUGCUAUCUGCAAAUUCACUAUCCGCGCAUUAUAAAAGACGAAAGAAAAUGUGAACACCGUACCAUUAUCAAUUCCGAGCUUGAAGUGACCAAGUUGCGGCCAAAUACUCAUUACAGUUUUCAUUUUUCAAGUUGUGAUACCAACCUAUUCUAUGGGCAAUUGGAUGUGGUAACGCUGCCAGAUCCACCAGGCACCAUUAGCAAUCAGAGGGUGACGCGUCACAAUGGUUUGAAACUGAAUUGGGAUCCUCCAUUGCAGCCAAAUGGUAAAAUUCAUCAUUACAACAUUCUGUGGACAUUGGGCAAUGUGACGCAUGAGACGAAUGUUAUGGAAUGUGCGGUGUGUUUUUAUAAGUUCCCCAAUAUUUCGGAAGAAGCCAAGAUUAAUAUAUCCGUUAGAGUUGUGGGAGAAACGGGUGUAGGAGCCCCAGUUUCCAUUGAUCUGCGCAAUAUCAAUCAUCGCACCCUGGAAAUUGAAAGUUCCGGAUCAACGACAGAGGUUUAUAGUGGUAUUGCCAUCGGUUCCUUGCUGUCGAUAUUUUGUAUCUUUGGCUUUGCUCUGUUGAUUAUGUUUCAACGAAAACGUUUCAAGGCCCGCCAGCAUGGACCUACUCACCUGUCAACACCCACUGACAUACAUUUUGGUAAUUUAAGUAACAUCAACUUGCCCAGUGGCAGUGCUGGUGGCCUUAGCUCCAAUACCAUGCCUCCAGAUUCCCAUGAAAUGCAGACACUAAUACCCAAAGCAAUGGCAAGACAUUUGGAUAUCUUGGCCGGAGAUCGUGCCAUGUAUGAAACGACACAGCUUGCCAAUGGUGGUGGAGUCGGGGGUGUUGGUGCCUAUGUUGUACGACCUAGCCUCGAGAGCAUGGAAAGUUCAAAUAAUGCUUCCAUUUUAAGUGGAUUCUAUAUAGGUGCUGAACAUAAUUUGUCAUCCAUUCCAUUGUGUCAAAUAAGCCCACAAAAGAAAUCAAAGGGUAAUGGAAAUGGUGGCGGCGGAGGUGGCCAUGCCUCAGGCCACACCGAUGGCCACACAAACUCCAGCAAACCAUUUUUCAUACCAUUCAAAAAUACAGCACCGAGUAUUGUGGGCUUAACAUCAUCACAAAAACAAAGUUCCUCUGCUUUUGCUGCCAACAGUGGUGUGCCACCGAAUUCCAUUUCCCUGGCUGCCGUGCCCGUCGAGAGUAUAUCCACAGUCUUUGGUGGCACACUGCGCAGUAGUAAUUUAAGUCGUAGUAAUAGUAAUGGCAGCAGUGCCACAAAUUCCAUAAAAUCAAAACAGUUCCAUGCUAAUUUUCCCAAACAUUCCACUUCGAUUGAUGGCAUUUGUCUACUGGAUGAGGAGGAGGCAGCAGCUACAAUAACACCCACAACGGACUCGGAUGUUACGGGUGAAGUGUUGCGGAAUGGUUUUCACAUCAACGGAGAGGAUCACCGGCUAAGUGAUCUAACACCGGGUCAAAAUACCUCAACAUUAAAACGCUCUUCUUCGCCACCGCCAAAGCAUUCAACUCAUAAUAGCAACAACUCAAAACAUAAAAAAUCUACGAAUUUAUUGAAAAAGAAAACAACACCUCAACCUUCGCUAGAAUUAACUGCCACCACAUUGACGACAGCAACGACAAAGUCAACGAAUGCUCGGCCCAAGAGUACAGCAUUUAUAGUUCCAGCCAGCGGCGGAGGCUCGUUGGCAGCUAUGCAGGCAGGAAAUGCCGCUUCAUCAUCACCAUCUCUGCUAAAGGCACAAAAGCCACGAAAUUCUACAAAUCUCAAAGCCAAAUCGAAAUCCUCAACUAUGGAGACUAACUUUCGUCAUUUAGAUAUGGAUCCGAAUGGUUGAGACGGAGGAUAUUUUCUAUUUUACUCUUAACUUUAUAGCUCUUGUCUAAGAUAUCAUAUGGAACGUAGUGGUCUGACAUAAUCUAAAGGCCAAAGUAAAUUUGAGGGAAUUUUCUGAAAAGUAAUAUUUUUGUUUGCUACUAUAUAUUUUUUAAGAUAUCUUAUAAGCAGGGCAGGAAGGUUGGAAACAUGGCCUACAUAAGGUCGGCUAGAAAGCCCAUCUGACAACCGAGUUUGCAGUCAAAAGACGUAUUGUGAUAUGAAAUUCAAAGAGAGUCAAAUUACAAUAAUGCAAAAACUAAAAAAUUUAAUUAUCAAACAUAGUCUUCUUGGCCGAUCUUAUGUAGGCCUUGCUUGGACUUAUUUAAAAUUUCAUUCAAAAUAACAAUACUUUUCGAACCUUAAACUUCUCAAAUUUCAACUUGACAGCCCUGUUCAUAACACAGUGAUACGUAAAUUAUACACAAAAUUUUAUUGAAGAGAAAUGUUCCAAAAAAAAAAAAAAACACUCAAAAUAUUAAUUUAGACAUUCCAAAUGUUUACAUUUUAUAAAUGUACACAAUUAUGUAAUAAGUCCAUUAGAACCAUACCCCUAUUAUAUAGAUAUUGCACACCCAGAGAUAUUGUUUAUUUAUUUUAUAUACCUAGACCAUAUCCGUAUUUAUGUCCCAAACCCAUAGGAAAAUCGCAUUUUACAUUUGCAAGAAAAAAAUAUUAUUGGAAUAGUUUAAUGUUACAUUGGAGAAAUAAAUAGGGUUAUGCGGCAGGACGGUGGACUUGAAUAGAUUAUGGCUAGACCUUCAUAUAAGUCCUACUUUCUAAACAUGUUCGAAAAUAAUUGCCUAAAUUUCUACGAAAAAAAUCCUCAUUUUCGAAUGUGAGUCAAUUUUGCUCGAAAUCGAACAGAAUUUUCCGCCUGCCCAGUAAUCUUUUAGUUUUUGUCAUACCGUUGUUAUGCUUUCCACCAUUGAAAGGAGGAUAUAUUAAAUUUCUCAUUAUGUUUAUAACGUAACGAGGUCCGUCUGUCAAUCUGUUGAAAUCACGAUAGAGACCACAUUAUUUGCCGUAAAUCUUUAAAAUUUGGCACAAUAGUUUUUACUGUGUCUAGGAUUGUUGGUAAUGAAAAUUAUAUAUCGGUCCACUAUUUGGGAUAGCCCCUAUAUAACGCUACUUCCCAAUGUUCGAUAUUUUAAUAAUAUUAGACAAAUUCCUCCACGGAUUUGUCUAAAAUUAAGUAUUUAUACUUCGUAAUGGAUCCUAGCUCCGGUGGCAAAACAUUGAAAAUAUAGCUCCAUGUUUUCCUAUAGCGCACAUAUAACGUUACCUUCGGUAAUGGAUACUAACGAUUUGAGGCAGAUUUUCUAACCGAUUUGUAUUUGGUAUUUGUAGUUCAUAAUGGGUUUUAAAACCGUCUUUAAAUCAAUUUUCAAUUGGUCCACGGUUAUCAUAUAACGUUUCCCACGGAUAUUCGGUAUUUUGAUAAUCCUAGUCACAUUUACCCACGGAAUUAUUUCAGAUUUGGGAUUUAAG